CUAAUCAACUAACUAAAAUAUUACAUAGUAAUUUGACAUCUUUGCAGUUUGUAUGGUUUUAUACAGAGAUUCAUGUUUCCAGUGUCUAAGUCUUAUAUCAUAAUGGCCAUGUAUACAGUACAGAGUGGCAUAAUACAGCAUAAUAAGAGUGCCCAAUUCCAAAUGGUAGGAAUGAAAUAAAAUGUGCAGUAAAUAGUUGUUCAAAUGUUGCAGAAAUUUGGUCAUAUUGUGUGUUGGAAUGUUUGUACAUUGGAGAUGUUCUACUUUGAUUUGGCAACAUUAGUCUAGUCAUUGGAUUUUCAAGUGUACCGUAGCGACAACAACAUUCUGUACUCAUCUACAGCCUGUCGUUGUAAGCCAAUAGCUAAAAUUCUUCACAGACAGAAAAACAGGUUCAACACAUUCUCAGUACGUUAUAUUCCAACACUGCAGGAGUGUAAGUUAGUUAGUUAAUAGGUCAGUCAUGGGUUGGUUUGCUCUGUACUUCCUUCUCCUGAUGACUUUGCCGCUUCUCUACAAUGGUCAAACAACGGUUCCAAAUACCAGCCAAACAGGCUGUGCAGGUCCUCCAGUUCUGUGUUGUGCUGGUCAAAAUAACAGCUGUUUCAGGGGAGGAUGUUUUUGUGAUGAGGUCUGUGUGUCAGUUCGGGAUUGCUGUCCUGACUACAACUCCACGUGCACGCAGUCUUUCACUACUGCACUACCAACUGGAUCCAGUACAACUAUAAACAGCACCACGUCUACACCAGUAGAUGGCAGCAAUACCACAGCAUCCAUUACUACAAAUUUCACUACUGCACUACCAACUGGAUCCAGUACAACUAUAAACAGUACUACGUCUACACCAGUAGAUGGCAGCAAUACCACAGCAUCCAUUACUACAAAUUUCACUACUGCACUACCAACUGGAUCCAGUACAACUAUAAACAGUACUACAUCUACACCAGUAGAUGGCAGCAAUACCACAGCAUCAACAGUCUCCAUUACUACAAAUUUCACUACUGCACUACCAACUGGAUCCAGUACAACUAUAAACAGUACUACAUCUACACCAGUAGAUGGCAGCAAUACCACAGCAUCAACAGUCUCCAUUACUACAAAUUUCACUACUGCACUACCAACUGGAUCCAGUACAACUAUAAACAGUACUACAUCUACACCAGUAGAUGGCAGCAAUACCACAGCAUCAACAGUCUCCAUUACUACAAAUUUCACUACUGCACUACCAACUGGAUCCAGUACAACCAUAAACAGCACCACGUCUACACCAGUAGAUGGCAGCAAUACCACAGCAUCCAUUACUACAAAUUUCACUACUGCACUACCAACUGGAUCCAGUACAACUAUAAACAGUACUACAUCUACACCAGUAGAUGGCAGCAAUACCACAGCAUCAACAGUCUCCAUUACUACAAAUUUCACUACUGCACUACCAACUGGAUCCAGUACAACUAUAAACAGUACUACAUCUACACCAGUAGAUGGCAGCAAUACCACAGCAUCAACAGUCUCCAUUACUACAAAUUUCACUACUGCACUACCAACUGGAUCCAGUACAACUAUAAACAGUACUACAUCUACACCAGUAGAUGGCAGCAAUACCACAGCAUCAACAGUCUCCAUUACUACAAGGCCAACGCGGACAGAAACAGGGGUUGUUCACCUUCGCUUAUCUGCUUUAACCAAUAAGGAGGAAAGUGAAGAUGUGUUAGAGGGUGUGUCUACUUUUGUAUCCCAUGUCCAAGCACUUCUCCAGCAGAGCUGUGGAGGAUGCACCCUGAAUAUAACACGCAUCAAACUCACCCGUCCAUCAUCUGUGUGACCGGGUCCAUGGUGCAGCUGGUCCCGAGGAGACAGCGGAAGCAGAAGUGUUGCAGCAAACCUCCACCCUCAGGUGGUUGAGGGUUAUUAGCCUAGCAUAUGUGUAGGCUUUUCUUUCUUUGACAUCUUGGUUUUAAAUAUUUUUCCAGAUGUUUUCCUAUAAUAUUUGGUGUCUUGUAGUCAUUAGUCUAUAGGUGUUUUGCUCUGUUGUGGCAGGAGGGUUUUGACCGGAUUCACACACAGCAAUAUGAACAAAAUAUAGUUCCGAGCAGCCCAGUGAUGACAAAGGACUACAUUUCUAAACUAUGCUGUUUUCUAUCAUAUUGUUUUAUUGCCAUAACAUGUGGUUCUGUCAAGAUGUGAACACUGUUGCUAGGGUAAUAUUAAAGUAUUUUGCACAAAAAAUUA